AUGGCCGAUUCAGAUGAGAGAUAUCAAAGAGCAUUAAACAAUGAAUUCCAUUCAGAGUUUCUAGAAUUCGAGGGUCAAGAUGCAAACAAAGGGAUUGAUGUGAGAGAUCAAUUCGGAAAAAGAUUACACUAUUGGAGGUACGAAUAAUAGAAAAUAUAAAAGUGCAGGAGACAAUAUAUAUACUGUUACAUUUAAAAAGAUUAAGACUAGAUUGCAUUGGUUUUUCAAUCCUGACACUUAUGAUAAAUAGACAAAGAAACAAAUUUCAAGACAAGCCUAGUUAUAUAACAUCUAAAUUGUUUUGGGACUCAUCUUUGUAUGUCAAUCAUGAAUAUCAAGAUAAUAGCCCCUUUAUCUAUUGCUAUUACAGUAAUUUAGCCUAGAGUAGCAAGAGCAAAAAGAGAAUUCCUAAUGCACCAAUACGAUAAAAUAAAGUAGAUUAAUAAAUUCACUAAAACACUAGCAUGGUUUCCAAAGCCUUGGGAGUGAAAUAAUAAAAAAUGGAUUUUAAGACAUUAAAAAGGUUUCUUUACAAAAAAGAAGAAUGA